CCCUCCAAGAUACUGAAACAACAUAUCAAUCAAUAUACCAUAUUUCAUCCCAUUUUUCUUCUUUCCACAAAAACAACAUUGACUGUAAUAUGGUGUUAUAAUUAAUAGUUCCAUUUAGGGGCCACUCUGAUCCAUCCUCUAGUUUAUAAAGUGGCCACCAUUGAUUACAAUAUUUGAUAAGAGUUCUUUUACUUUCUGUACCCUCUCACCCCACUAUAUCCCUCCAAUGUGUUAGUAUACAUCCCAGAGGGCUUUUCCUCGGGAUUUCUUUGCUUUGAACUUUUCCUAUUGUAAUCUACAGUGGUCAAUGUUCCACUGUUUUCCUAGAAGCUCUUUACUAGUCAAUCCCAAUCCCUCCAAAAUCCACAAUAUAUAGAUACACAAGUAAAAUCAGACCACUGUAAAUUAACUGCCUCUUGACAAUUACACUGAGGACAUUUAAACCUGAUGAGCCGAUAAUAUGCCUGGGCAAAUUUUGUUCCUUUAGACAUACACCUCAAUGGCAGUCCUUAUAUUUACAUAUUUACAUAUUAACAUAUGUAUAAAAGUGUACUUUAACAAAAAUGCCCGGGCUUUUAUAUAUACAAUACACAAUGUACAGCUAUUAUUCCAGUUAGAAUUAUUCCUCAGCAGCUGCAAACAUGCCAGUUGCCAUUAAAGCUCGCUUACCCUCCUCCUGUCCUUUUCUUAAAAUCUCAGACAUCCCCAGAGUUAAUGGGGAUGGCCACAUAUUCCAUUCCUGGCUGGGGUCCCCCCAUCACUAUUUCUCGUGGGGAUAUAAUCCCUCCCUUAAAGCAGAUUUCUGAUUUCUUGCCCUGCUUCUGGUUACCGGCCCCUAUGUUUCAUGAUCCGAUUCCGAUUCUCCUGGAUUAGCUAAUUUGGGGAGUCCGUUAAGGACGGGAGCUGCUAGUGCGGGCGGUGGAAUAUAGGGUGGGGGCGGUGUUAGGACUUCUAAGUCCUUUCUCUUUUUAUCCUGCCCUCCUUUUUCUUUUAGAGAUGUAGAUGCGUCCUCAUAUCUGAAUUUAUCCAGAGGUGCGCAUACUCACUUUCUUCCAGACUAAAGGGUUCCUUUGAGUUUACAUAAAUAUUUAGGCCUGACAAACCCAAUCUUCAAAAGACCCAAAUACAGGCCAGUAAAGGUGGUCUCCUCGAAUCUGUUUACCAUCCCAAACUUCAACACAAUAAUGUAUCAUUUUUACUUUAUUCCUUCCCCGCCUAAAAGGGGAAUCAUUCCAAUUUUUAAUCAUUAUUCCUAGAGGACUAUCGGGGGGAAUGGAGGACAUAUCCUUACCACUAUUUCCCCCACCCAUGGAACCAGAAAGCUUACUCUUUUUCUGGCCCAUCUUCCAGAGUGCCCUCACACACACACACACACACACUCCCCCUUUUCGUGGCCCAGUCCCUCGCGGGAUGUGGGAACCACACUACCGGGGGGUCCGCUCUCGCUUCGUCCGCAAUUGGACGUCUCAGUUGUCACACUCCGGGAAACCUAACCCCAACCGAACGGAACACCGGCCUAUCGUUUUUUUACUCACUCCUCCUCUGAGUCUUCGUUCGGUUUUCGUGCACAAAGGUUGCCUGAGGUUUACCGGUUUUAUUUGCUUGUAUCCAAUUUAGGGUUCGUCGGUAAAAGGUCCCGAGUGAGGCCUGCGUUCUCAGAGGCCGCCGAACUCGGCGGGGUGCCUCCCCUGAAAUGCGCCUCAGUCUGAUGCCUUUAUCCGAGUCACGGCACCAAAUUGUUAUAAGUUAGACCACACAGUUUUCUGGUCUAUUGAAAUUAUUUUAUUAAUCAAGUAAGCAGACACAAGCAAAACAGCGCUGUGCGGCUGGGGAGUCUCCGCUCCACCACAGCACGCAACUUCCCCUUUCCAGUGUCGCUGUUUUAUAGCAUUCAAGUUCUGGCUUGUCGAGACUUGACCUGUCGACUUGUCGAGACUUGUUCUGAGGCUGCGCAGUCUGUUGUUGGGGGUCGUUAUUCUUCCUCCGGUGAUCAUGCGCUGUGCUUGUGUUCAGUUUACCAGGAGUGAAAAAUAUACAAUGGAUCCAGACAUCUUAAAUGUGUUUACACAGCCUGCUGCCCUUAAUCAGUUCCUUGUUGAGAAUGUCUUCACUCCAGGAGAGAAGAAGAAACUCAUAAAACCCACUGCAAGCAACAAUCCGAAAUUGGAGGAGUUAAAACUGUUAUUGAUUGACUGGAUUAACACAACUCUGAAACAGGAGCACAUAGUAGUUAAAAGUCUGGAAGAAGAUCUGUACGAUGGACUGGUACUUCAUCAUCUCUUGGAAAAACUAGGAUCUCUCAAGCUGGAUGUUGACAAGAUUGCAUUAACAGAAAAAAAACAGCGGCAGAAACUCUCCGUGAUUCUGGAAGCUAUGGAUAAGUGUUUGCAACUGGAUGAAAGUCAGCUGAAAUGGAGUGUGGAAUCUAUCUUAACAAAGGACUUACUGAGCACCCUGCAUCUUCUGGUCGCAAUAGCAAAGCACUUCCAACCUAGUCUGGCUAUUCCUCCAAAUGUUCAAGUGGAAACAAUCACUGUUGAGAACACCUCCAAAGGAUUAAAGACGACAAGUGCAGUGGAGUAUAUCACAGGAAGCAAAGAGAAUUUAGAAGAGCAGUCAACAGAUGAUGCCUUUGAUGAAUUAUUUAGCCGUGCUCCAGAUAGGCUGGAUGAUGUAAAAAAGGUAUUUUUGCAAUUUGUCAACCAGCAUGUUGGAAAAUUAGGAUUAAAUGUGAAAGACAUGGAAUCUCAGUUUGCAGAUGGAGUUCUCUUACUUUUGUUAAUUGGACAACUGGAGGGUUACUUUCUGAAUUUAAGGGAUUUCUUCCUGAUUCCAGCCAGCACCACAGAGAUGCUUCACAAUGUUAACCUUGCAUUGGAUUUGCUGACAGAUGGAGGUCUUCUAAAUUUUUCUGUGAACUCUGAAGAUAUUGUGAAAGGAGAUAUGAAGUCUACAAUGCGGAUUCUGUAUUGCUUGUAUUCCAAAUACAAGACUAAAGAAACAUGAAGAGCAAGACCAAGAACUUGGAUACUCUGUUUGCCACUGUGUAUGCACUUGUGUUUGACACUUGCUGUAUUGAUAUUGUAUGUUCAAAUAUGUAUUUGUGCAAGGUUUCACACACCCUGAGUACCUGAAAGUUAGUGCAUGUCCAGGGCCAGUAAAUUGUGUAGUUCUGUGUCUGUAGCUCCUUGUCUCGCUCUCUCUUGUUUGUUCUGAGACUCCCUAAUGCUGCAAAGCGUAACACAUGCUUGUAAAAGAUUCUGGAAUCUUUGCUUCUGGAAAUGAAUAUGGAAGAUGUUAUUACAACCCCCCUGUGUUUCUGCUUCUGGUUUGCUCUGGAAACAGGAGAAGGGGAAAACCAACCAUGGCAUCUCCAGGAAGACUGCAUAUAGUAUGAAAGUUCAUGUUCAAAAACUUAUUUACACAGGUGGCCAGCUGUUCUCAGACAGGAGACUGUAUAUUGGACACCAGAUGAAUAGCUAGCCAAAAUGAAAUUGGAACUUACCACAGUCAUUGAUAAAAGUUUCAUCGCUUGCUCACUUGAAUCUGGAAAAGGGACCUAGGAUCACAUGCUGAUGUGAGACAGUAGUUACAGAAGGAUCACCUGCACAGCUAUGGAAGGAUGCCCUGAUUUUCUUGCUAAGCUAAUGCCAAACUGGCCAGCUUCAGCCUGUUGCAGCACUAGUGUAACAUGCGGCUAGCACAAAUGUUGAUGUCAAGCAUGUUACUGCAUUUCCUUCCGGACAGAGGUGGACAGCCCUUGGUUUGGCUUACUCUGCAGCUGGCAGAAGAGGGAAGCAUUGCUGGAAGUAACAAAACUCAGUUUGUGUCACUUCUAACAGCAUACUCAUGAUGUGGGAGCUCUCAGACUCUUGUGGGACUUUCCUAGCUGCAUUUGUCCAGCAAACACCCUCACACAACUCAGCAGGCCCCCCUGGAUGCAGCUAGCUAACCACAGUUCAUGUCAAUUGUCACCCUUGCUCUUUCUCUAAGGUUUUAAAUCUGAGCACCUUCAAAACCUUUAUCUGUUCCCUUGACCUUAAAAUUAUGUCAUGUUUGUGUUACAUAAAGCUUGGGAUGUGAUUAAAAAACAAAAAAUCUUGAUAUUAUUUUGGCUUCUAUCUAAACUGAUUUAGUUUCCUGCAGUCAGUGGCUCUGACAAUUGGUCUCUGAUUUGAUCCUCCAUCUGUGUAUUAACAGGACACCAAAGCACACUGCAAGUGGUGACAUUAACAGAUGAGAAUUUGUUAUGUCUAGUUCUUCAUCACCUAGCCAAAGAAAGAUCCUUAGAUAGCAAUGAUGAUAAAUCUUCAAGUCCUGCCUUUGAAAAUGGUAAUAAUGCACAGCUGCUAAAGGAAAGCAUUCUGCAAACUACUGUGAGCGUACUCCUUUUUGCACCAAUAACUACCUUGUUACAUUUUUACAGAGAAAAAAACAAUGUGUGGUGUAAAUAAACUGCAAGAUCAAAUUGCUUCCCUAACACAAAUUAGUUGUAUGUGACAUUUUGAAAGACUUAAAUCUUUCAUGUGCAAGUCAAGUCUCCAUAGGUAUCUUGCUUUAUUCCUUAAUGGGCUCAAACAGUUUACCGGGAAACUUUUAAAGUUUGUUCUGGCUUCACAGAUCCCUGCUGCCAUUGCUGUAAUAUCUUAAGUAGGUUGUGCAAUAUGUCAUUACUGAGCAGGUAAAAUUGGGCUAUCUCUGGUGGAGGGUAGGGGUGAGGGAGCAGAAGAGCAAUUUGCAGAGAUAUGGUAGCAGUGCAGCCUUUUCCACCAAGUCUGUUAACCUGAAUUUCGUCCCUGUUGCUUGUGACCAGAAGUCAUUUCCAGUGUGUGGCUUUUUUAUAGCCUCUGGGCUAUGCCUUGGGUAAAGGUGGCAUGGGGGGGAGGAUUAGCUGGUGCUGCCUGGUUGGGAGGUUAUCACUGCUCAGGGAAUAGUUGAUUUUUCUCUGUGUGCUCUGAGUUUUGUGGCCCACACCUCUGGUGUAAGUAAAUAUGGUGCUUGCACUUCUGCAGAUUGUUGUCAGGGGAACCAAGUCUGAUUCUUGAUAUUUAGUAAAAGAAAGGGUUGUAUUCACUUCCCAACAUCAUUUUGUCUAACCCUGUUAUAAACAACUCAUUCUUUAGAAAACAGCUAAUGUGCUUGAAUAAAAAAUACAGCAAGACCAAA